GAUUGCCGACUUCCGGAACUCCGAGCAUCCGAGGAACACUUGAACGCAGCAUUAAUGGCUUACUUUGCAAUGCCACAUAGUCACAGAACACAGAGCCAUCUGAGUUAACGGAGACAGCGGUUCAAACAGGCCCUGUGGCCAUGGCUAAAGACCCGUUAGCCGAGGCUGGCUUUUACUUUGAUGAACUCAACAAGCUACGAGUCCUUGAGCCUGACGUCAGCCAGAAGACCUCAGAGCUCAAGGAGGAGUGUAAAGAGUUUGUGGACAAAAUCGGCCAGUUUCAGAAGAUCGUGGGAGGUCUGAUUGAGCUGGUGGAUGAGCUGGCAAAAGAGGCAGAGACAGAGAAGAUGAAGGCGAUUGGAGCCAGAAAUUUACUGAAGUCUGUGGAGAAGCAAAGAGAGGCUCAGCAGCAGCAGCUUCAGGCGCUCAUAGCUGAGAAAAAGAUGCAGCUCGAGAGAUACCGCAUAGAGUACGAAGCCUUAUCCAAGAUCGAGUCGGAGCAGAACGAGUUCAUCGACCAGUUCAUCCUGCAGAAGUGAGCGUGACCCCGAGACGUCUGCGACCACGUUUCCAGAGUGCCUGUCCCCGUUGUUUCUGAGAGAACAACUCUGCUGCAACUCUCUUUCUGAAGCAAUCCCAAAGCUCCAGUAUCCUCUGAGACAGCAAACGUCUCCACAUCUCAGACCAACGUUAGAGAAGACGGAGCUAUUUAUACAAAGGAAUAUUAUUUAUACUAUUUAUACUGAAGAAUUACUAUGUAUAUCUAGUUUUACUACUUUUUGUAUUAAUUGAAAUACUGCAUGUGCAUGCUUUUGAACACGAGAUGAAAACGGACGAUGUGAUCUGUGUGCAGUGAUGUUCGCUCUGUACGUCAUUCCUCUGGUACAGCCAGCCUGUGGGCACAACACAUGACCGACACACUCUCCUGUUUCACUUCUUCCCUUAUUCCUAUCUGUUUUGUGUUUUUCAUGUAUUAAUUUAGACGACAAAGGACUAUACUUGAAUAAAUAGUGGAGUAUGUUGCACAAUAAAUGUGUUGUCAUUUCA